AUGGCAAUAUAUGGAGAUUACCUUUUACACCCCCAGCCUCCGGAAACUCAGAGUGGAGGAUCCGCCAGCAGGAAGUCGGAGUUGUCGCCGGUAGACCCUCCCCUAGUGAGGCAGAAAUCGGGCACGUCAGUUGCGCGAUCGAGCGUAAACGGGGAUGUGGGCCACUCAGGACUUCAAUUUUCGCACGACCGGAGUUCCCUUCGGCCGAAGAGUAGAGCUCAAUCGGUGGGGGUGAGCAUCGGGACUCAAUCUAAUAGCGUUUUCCGUACUGCGAGGACAAUACCAGCAUGGGUGCGAAUUGCGAAUGAAACUACUGGCCUCCCGGCCCAUUCCCAUUUGGCUUCCCCAGAACUUGCAGGUGUCCGAAUCGCCCAACACCACUACGUUCCUCGCGAAAAACAGCAAGCUUCAUAUACGAACUCUGGCUACACCAGAAAAGGCCCACGGGAAUCAAGAUGGAAAACAUUUGCGAAAGCUAAUGCAUACCCGCGGCCGUCUACAGAUCUGGAGGAGAAACUUGUUGAUCACGACUGGCUAGACGAAAACAUUGGAGAUUAUUCGGGCCCCUGGCUGGGCCAUAGUACCAAUGUAAAAGACCUAGAGAGUGGCCAGCAGGAUUCCAAACAGCGGAAGGUAAAGCGGUUGAGUAAGGUCCAGUCGAAGAUCCUCCGAAGUCCCAUUGUUCCUCUUUUAAUCCGCCUUACGGUUUUUAUCUUUUCGGUCGUCGCCCUAGCUCUAGGUGGUUCUAUCCAUUCCUAUGCCACUAAAUAUGGUCACUCGCAAGGCCCCUCUCCAGAUUUGGCGAUUAUAGUAGAUUCUAUAGCUCUGGUCUAUCUAGUGUAUAUUACUUAUGACGAAUACACUGGAAAACCUUUAGGGCUCCGGCCUGCUAAGGCGAAGCUGCGGCUUAUAUUCCUGGACCUGAUCUUCAUCGUCUUUGCGUCGGCCAAUCUCAGUCUGGCGUUUGAAAGUUUGUCAGAUAUCCAGAGUUCGUGUGGAUCCGGGGAGAUUGACGGAAAAUUUGACCCAACAAACUCAAGUAUCUGCAAUCUGCAGAAGGCGUUGGCUGCUGUAUUGCUGAUUGUACUGGUAGCAUGGCUUACGACCUUCGCCAUUAGUGUUCUAAGGGUUGUGGAGCGAGUAACGGGCAAGUAAACCUUUUCUAUUUCGAAAGCAUUUUUCUUUCCUUACUAUCAUUUGCUAUUUUAUUGUUAUCACUACUAUCAUUAUCUUCAUAAUUUAGUGAGUCUACAUAUUUUCCUUUCAUUUCCCCAUUGCAGGAUUUUAAAUGCAUAUUCUCAUGCCAACUUUAUAUCCAUUGCAUCCUCACCCGUUCGUUUUUCGGAUUUUAUUCCUUUUUGAUUUCAUUCAAAUCCAUUUCUUAUCCUCUACGAAUUUCCGUUUGGUUCAUGUUUUCACCCUAUCACAUUUUCCUUUUUGCGCAAAAAGUGAUAAGGGCUUAGAUGCAACAGCAAGCUUUAAUUUCUUUGAUUCCCCGAAUGUAUUUACUUUUUUGUAUAUUUUCCAGGCACGGAUUUCAUUGUUUUUGUCCCUCACUGCUCAUAACUCAAGGUUGAUAUACAUCGAAUAAGUUUCUUAAGUU